ACGUGCCAGUAUUUGUUGGCGCCGCGCGCGCGUGGACGUAUCGCGUCGUCGUGAGUCACGCAGCAUAAACAACUACUUAUACACUUGUAAAGUGGCGGGAACUGUGACAGGUGUUAUUCACUGAACGGUGUUACUUUGUUUUUUUUUGCGUUUAAUCGCAUUUUGCGAGGUGUAGGUCGUGAUUGCGUGCUAAUUAGUAAUAUUUAUAACUUACAUAUAAAUGACAAGAAACAUCAAGAAUUACGUGGAACAUAAACAGCAAAAGUGAAGGAAAAAUGAUAUUUUUAUUGCAGUUCUCGUGGGAACUGACAGCGAGAUAAUUAACAAUCUUUGUGACCCUGAGUUGAAUGAUAACUAGUCACGAUAUAAAUAUAUAAACAAAUAAUAAUAGUGAAGUGUGGAAACGGUGUUGUGUAACUAAAGAAAUACAUUGACGUGUUAUUCAACGAUAUUUUGUGAAAUUAAGUGAACUGGACAAUUGUGUGGAACAAAAUAUGUACAUGGAAUACCAGUGUUCAAUGCAUAAAACAGUGAAGUGUAGUACUAUUUGAGAUAAACGGAUUUUGCAGCAAAUUCUCCCGCGAAGCUGUUUUCGUCUCAAUCUCCGCGGUGGCCGCGUCGUUUCGACGCUCGCUGGCCGCUAUUGUAUGAGAGUCACAUGGCUGUGCGUGGCGGCGCUGUGCGGCGUGCUGAGCGCGCGCGCCGACGCGCCGCCGAGCGAACUGCGAGUCACCAGCGCCGUGCUCGGCGAUGACGGCGUCGGCGCGGCGCUGCGGGAGCUGGCGGCGGCGGCGUUAGCGGCUAGAGGCGUGCGCGCCAGGGCUGUGCCGCCGCCGGAAGAAUGCCUCGCCCCAGCGUCGCGCAAAUGCCACAUAGCUGUGAACCGUCUCCUCACUAGUGGCAACCUUACCGCUGCUAUAUUACCCACACCUGCCGCUGAAGCGCCACUCGACGCCAUGGAUGGCUACGGUCUCGCCGGACUCGGCGAUGCAGCACCGCCGGCGCGGCGAGUUUGCCUCGCGGGGGGACCGGCCGUGCCGAGCGAGGCACGAUCCCUACUUGACCUAGUCGAUGAAGACAUCGCCGCGCUUUAUGAAUUGACGCCGAUGGAGGUUGCCAGCGUUUUCGCUAAUACCUCAAAAUGGGACGGAUUAUCGUAUCCGAAUGGGACGGAAGCGAUGAAAGUAUGUACGACAGGACGUUGCGCGACGCUUCUCACUAGUACCACAACAGAAGCGAAGGAACUUGCUACCGUUGCUCACACUUAUUCACUACACGUACGCGUAGUUCCUCUGGGCACACAUCUAACUGCUGUUAGAUUACAUCGACCAUUCAUCGCCUGUGAUGCAUUGAACGUACCUCCCGGCCGACCGCUCGGCCCACCGCCUUGCACUAACUUCAAAAAUCUUGCUUGCAUUUUCGAGCCAUACCGAGUACUGAAGCGUGUGAACAGACGCGCUUCUGAGCUAACAUUAAGCGCGUUACGAGUACUAACUAGACUAAAGUUGGACGAACAUCAGUUAGCAGUACUGGGCAAGGAAGCGCGAACACGAGGCGCGGUAGCCGCAGCAAAUGAUUUUUUAUCAAAGAAUCCACUAGCGCUUGGCGCUAGCGAAGUACGCGUGUUGGUGAUGCUGCCAGACAAAACGCCGCGUGAAUUACAACUACAGCCACGAGCGCUAGCCGCCGCCGCCGCUCUAGCUGAGUUGGAUGAACAGAGCCCAACAAGCGUCACGCGCUUUAAAGUCGAAACUUUCGACGAUGAGUGCUCGGGAUCUACUGCCUAUAAACAUCUGUCGGAUGCACUAGGUACAGGGGAAUACGGUGCAUUAUCAGCGGUUUCCGGGCCGGCUUGUGGCGCAGCGUUUGCGGAUGUAGCUAAGCAAACAAAGUCGCAUGUGAUGCCGGUGCUGGCGUAUACGCCGCAGGCUGCAGAAGGGCCGUAUGUACUGCGUGCAGCAGGCGAUACUCGUGACGAGGCUGCCGCUCUAGGGGCCUUACUAUCUGCUCAUAGUUGGCGUCGAAUAGCCGCGCUUACUGAACCCGGUACGCGGCCGUUGCUGGACUCUGCGAGCUUGCGCGCCGACGUCGUUGUGCAUACCGAGCUGCCCGACGCCGAUGCCGUAGGUGACGAUAUGGCUGGCAAAGACGCCGCCUUCGUGACAAAAACUCUUGACGACGAAACCAAACUAGAGCCAGAUUACGAGUUAAUUUCUCAGUGGGCAACCCGUGCAGCAACAGCUGGCGCGCGUAUCCUUCUAGUGUGGCCUGAAGACGCACGCGCAAUACGCGGAGCAUUAUGUGCUGCCCACGAGGCGAAACUCACACCACAGGCCGGCGCGGUAUUCCUCCUCCCACCGCUAGCCCCUUCUGCCCUCAUCCGAGCCAACACUGAUAAACACCCCUGCUCCACCGAACAGUUGCAGAAUAUGGCUGACGGCCAUCUUAGUCUACAGCCCGCUUGGCACAUGGACUGGAUGCCGCCCGCUGAUUGGGCUGAGCGCUGGCGUACACAGUGCAGAUUUCAGCCGGUGGCAGGCCCAUGUUCGACGCCCACGCCAAACGCGGCCCUUCUGUAUGACGUACUUCGUCUCUGGGCGGCCGCUCUUUCCCGCUUGCUCACGCGCAAACCCAGUGCACUCGAUGACCUGCAUCAGGAAGAUAUCAUCAAAUCACUGAUAGCCGAUGUGGAAAGUCCAGAGCACAACUAUACCGGACUCACAGGACAGUUUGCGUGGGGAAACGGCGCACGAACGGUGCCACUGCGGUUGUUGCAGUGGGACAACGGCACGCAGGCGUACGCUGCCGUCGGUGAUUGGACAAGUACAUUAAAACUGACGCCAAAUGCGAUCCGUUGGCGGACGCCUGACGGUUCACCUCCUAACGACGGCGUCGAGCCAUGCGCAUUGCAGCCCCUAGCGGAUGCUCUACGCGCCGACUGCCGCGUCGCACUAGGAACGCUUCUAGCACUUCUCCUUGUCGGGCUUGCAGCUGCGCUCGGCGGCGCUGGGUGGCUACUUAAAAGACGUCUAGAAACGCGCUACCGCGCUCGCCUAGCUGCUCUCGGCUUAACCACACUAGCACCUAAACUGGACGCGCUAGACCGCUGGGAAUUACCACGAGAACGUGUCGUUAUCAACCGCAAGCUCGGCGUCGGCGCGUUCGGUACAGUAUACGGCGGGCAUGCAUUGUUAACGGAGCGACGUGCUUGGACCGCCGUCGCCGUCAAAACGCUCAAACCCGGAGCUGGCAUGGCAGAAAAAUUAGACUUUCUUGCUGAAGCUGAAGCUAUGAAGAGGCUUGAACAUCCCAAUGUUGUGAAACUACUAGGUGUAGUCACGCACUCAGAACCAGUGUGCACUGUUAUGGAGUUCAUGUUAUAUGGAGAUUUGAAAGGAUAUCUGCUGGCGCGACGGCAUUUGGUGGAAGAAGGAGGCGAAGCCGCGGAUGAGGUAUCGCCAACACGACUGACGGCUAUGGCUGUAGACGCGGCGCGUGCGCUCUCAUACCUCGCUCAACUCCGCUUCGUACAUCGUGACGUAGCUGCCCGCAACUGCCUGGUGUCGGCUCGGCGGCAGCUCAAGCUGGCUGACUUCGGCAUGGCGCGACCAGUAUGCGAGAGCGAUUACUACCGGUUUAGCCGCAAGGGUCUACUUCCCGUGCGCUGGAUGGCGCCCGAGUCUCUGUCUCGAGGCGUUUUCUCUCCCGCCUCAGACGUGUGGGCGCUCGGUGUUCUGCUGUAUGAGAUCGUGACGUUUGGAGCCCUGCCAUAUCAAGGGCUCGGGAACGCACAGGUGCUGGCGCGCGUCACACGAGGACGAUCGCUUCGCCCACCGCCUGGAUUGCAGCCCAACCUGGAGGGGCUGAUGAAGUCCUGCUGGCAGCAAGAGCCAGCGGCACGUCCAAGCGCAGCGGCAGUAGCCGCUUUUCUAGCUGACUCUCCACGGUUAUUGACGCCGUGCCUUGUCGCGUUCGACGUUCUGCCGCUCGACCCGCCGCGGCCAUCUGAACACUCUGAACACGAGCAGGACUUACAAGAACGCUGGGUGUCGUGGGCGGCGCCGCCGUCCGCCGCCACCGACACAACAUACCUCAGCGCCGACGCCGACGCCGACACGGAGCCGGACUCGCCCGGCGUCGACGUGCCCGUCGAAACACAACGGUUCCUCCCUUGACAUAUCAGAUUCAUGAGGCUAUUGCAUAAAAAAUUACAAACUAUAUCUGCCAUUAAGAUAAAUGUACAAAUGAUCGAAAUGCCCGAUAGAUGACGCCUUGUUGUCAGCCAUAUGGCCAAUGGUAAUUGCUUACCAUCGGGCGAUUCAGGCGACUCAUUUGCUUCCUGUGUCUUAAAAAAAUAUUUGUAUAUUAUUGCACGAUACGAAUAGCGGUGUUAAUACCAUGAAGCAGCAUUUCCCAAACUAUGAGUCACGAUCGAGACCGCGAAAUUUCAGUGAGCCCUAAAACAAAAGACGACAUGCCGACCAUUCUGGUUAAGAAGUAAGGAAGGAGUUGGCUAUCCUAGCGAAAUAACGGUAUUUUUUCUAUGAAAUUCCAUUUCGGGAAAAAACGUUUUCCAAUAACUAAAUCUUAACAAAUCACUUUGAUUUUGAUGUCGAUCGCUUCAGCAUAAUAUAUUCUAGGUUUAUAAGUUUCGCUUUAAAAAAAAAACGUUUUGCAAAUUUCAAAAAAAAAGGAAAUCCUAUAAACUGAGUUUUUUAUCGCGUUAAUAACAUACUAAAAAAUCAUAGAGAAUGGAAAAUAUUUAGAAGUGGAAAAACGUUUUCUCUUUUUGCAUUGAUGAUCACGUGGUAGAUAUACUUCCCUCUUAACAGCCGGUACUAAUAAUAUUUCAUGCUAUAUUUAAGACAGCCAAGCGGUGGGUCCCGAAUUUGGCAGUUUUUCUUAGGUGGGUCGGAGCCCAGUCAACUUUGGGAACCGCUGCUUAACCUCCUGAGACCCAGAAGCAAUUGUUUUGUUUUUGAAUUUUGAACCCUUAGUUACAUAAUAAAAGUUCAAAAUAGAUUUUGGAAUAUGUACAAAAAUUUGUACUCAGGGUCUCAGGAGGAUUGGCAUUCUCUACCAGUCUUGCGGGUCAAACAAGUCUGUUCUAUAUUGUCUGGUAAUGUUCUAUAUUAUGUACUGUAAAGUCAAAAGCAUAAAACAAGCACUUCACUGUAGAGGAUACUACUUGACGAAAUACAUAGAAGUAGAAAAGAAAAGAAGUAAAUAGAAGCAAAGAAAGAGAAAUCGAUACAGGUACACGUCGUCACACACACGGUGCACGUUUUUCAUACACAACUAUAUAGUUUUAACCAAAAAAAUUGAACUUCGAACUGAUGUUAAAAUAUUGAACAAAAUAGCUAUUGUACAUUUUAUGCAAUAAGCUCAUGAUACCUCAUUAUCGCAUGGUAAAGAUAUAAAAUGAUACACAAAUCCGUCUUUUUAUCGAGACCUGUAGAGAGAAUAUUUUUAAGCAAUAAACGAUAAGGUAAACUUCCCAGCCAUUGACAGCCUAAAUCUUUACCUAAAUUGCAUGAAAAUAAGCUGACAAUAGGGUUGUUUCCAUCUACAAAUCUUAGGGCAGAAUUGUAUCCCAAUAAAUUCUUUUGAAUUAUAAGAAUCUACUUUUAGGGGACCUGUAAUGACCAUAUUUUUGUAAAUAUUGAAUUUAAAAUAUCUUUUGGCACACGUCACGUGACCAAACUCGAAACGUCAUUGAAGAUUCUGAUGACGUCACAACUCUCGGAUUGACACUGUUGACAGUUAGGCGAUAAAGAACAAAUGACAAGUGUCAGUUGACAGUUCGUAUCUUCUACGUGUGUAUGUAGUUAUGUGUCAAACCGUAAACUGUGACGUCACACAAUUUUAAAAGAGCGUUUUGGGCUCGAAAGCAUCUGUAAAAAUAUAUUUUGUUAAAUUAACUUUUAGUUAAUAUAGAACGUAUUACAAGCGUUUCAAAAAAUUGGAAACAACCCUAUUACUGGGGAAGUGUCAAACACUGGGACGUUUGCGUAACCAUCAUAGGCUACUAUACACAUUCCAUCGUCUAGUCAAUUACGUUAUGUAAUUAGUUAACUAUUUAUAAUAAGUAAAAUGAUCUUGUAAAUAAAACAUAAAUAUAAAUUUUAAUUUAUCAAGUA